AUGCCACAGUGUCUGUCCUUCGUUCCUGUUCCUAUAAAGCUCCGAAGUGAACUACGAACAAAUGCUGCGUGCAAUGCCAGGAGCUGGAGGAGUCAUUCACUGGCAGGCCGCUACUUGGCAGCGAGGCUUCACACUCAAAAUAAAACAAAGGAUGUACAACAAACGAGUGUCUCUCCCCGAGAAAAAGAACAGUUGAAGAACAAAGUGUUUCUGCAGUCAUCCAUAGAAAUCACCACAGACAAUAGCGAUGGUGCGCACAGAGUUUGGAAAAGGUCUCGGAUACGGUGUUCAAGUCUCAAAGCUUUCCUCGGCAGAACCCAUCUGGGCACGAAAGCCACCCUCCUCGCUCUCAGCCGCAGCCGGACGCUUUGCUGCGGUGCCUGCGGGCCACGGGCUGCUCCGCGGGUGUGCCAGGCCGUCCCUCCGCUCUCGUCCAAAAGCCGUAAAACCGACCACGUUGCUAGCGGCUCGCUCUUCCUCACUGUGGAGGAGGAGGAGGAGGCGGGGGAGGAGGCGGCCGAGGGGGAGGACUGCUGCCCCAAGUGCAAGAAGCGGGUGCAGUUCGCGGACUCGCUGGGGCUGAGCCUGGCCAGCGUGAAGCACUUCAGCGACACCGAGGAGCCGCGGGUGCCGUCCGCAGCGCCGCCCGCCGAGCCGCGCGACCCGCCGGAGCCCGGCGCUGUCCCGGAUCCGCCCCGCCAGCCGCCCUCCCUGCGCCUGGAGCCCGACUUCCCCGACGGCGGCGAGCCGAGCGCCGAACUGCUGCGGCGGCAGCGCGUCUGCCUAGAGCGGCUGGGGCGACCCGCGUUGCUCUCCGACGUGCGGGGCACGGUGCGGGCGCUGCGCGGCUCCGGGCCCGGCGAGGUGACGGUGCGCUACACCUUCAACGAGUGGCUCUCCUUCAUGGACGUCCCGGCCUCGCCGCUGCCUCCCGCCGCCGCGGACGGCUCCGAGCCGCCGGCCGAGCGCUUCUCGUUCGCCCUGUGCGUGCCGCCCAGCCUACGGGAGGGCUCGGCCCUUCACUUCGCCAUCCGCUACCGCGGCGCGCAGGGCGAGCACUGGGACAACAACGACGGCCGCAACUACACGCUGCGCUGCCGCCGCGACCCCGAGGCUGCCGCCGCGCCCCGCGACUGA